UGUCUCAUCAGCAUAUUGUGUAAGAGAAAUAAAGUACAACAUGCAUAUAAAGAAUUAAUAUUAGUUGGAAACUCCUCUGAGCAUAUGGCCUCUAAUUUGGCCUUGGCACCUCACUCAGCUCAUGUAACACUGGCUCAUAAAAGCCAAUGUAGACAAACAGAACCCAAUGCAACAGAAAUAUUAUACUAAUGCAUUAGUUAUUUAUUCAAGAAAAUCAAUCAUUAAUACACGCCUGUUAGCUGCAAAAGUAAGUGAACCCUUGUUUUCAGUAUCUGCUGUGAGCAGCCAUCGUUUCAUUUCCGGUAACUUCUGAUCUGUCUCUGGAAAUUGAGCCACUAUUACAUAUCAGGUUAAUUCUGGGGUCAAAGUAGAGUCCUAGAGUCUCAACAGACCAAACUAGAUUAAUGUUUGAUACCUUUUACAUUCUUGUUUAUUGGCCCAAGCAGUUAUCGCCUUCUUAUUGUUCUUCAUUUCCACCAUGAAGGCCACAGUUUACUCUGAACAUUUGAUGUUGACAUGUGUCACUUGAACUCCACUGAAGCGGACUCUUAAUCUGGUUAUUUAUGGUUUCUGAGGCUGGUAGUUCAUCCAUGAAUGAAGGGAGGAGCUCACGUGAAAAUACCUACGAUGUGGCGCAUACUGCCUACUGCCAUUGGCUAGGCUAGUUAGCUGGUGUCUUCUAGUUGGUUGCUAGCUGCUAGCUGACUGCUAGCCUGCUGGUCUGUUUUCAGUUGGACUGGGCUUCUAAAUGUGUUUUGGGUUUGUAACAUCUUAUCCUGUGUAAUAAUUAAUGGCAGCACUGGAUUGUUUUUACAACUGCGCUUGGUGAAGUUCUUGAAAUAUCUUGGCUACUGGUGCUUAUUGUUUGAGAUAUUAUUGAAAAAGGCUCUGAGAAUAAAGGGAAAUUAAUAUUUGUCAGAUCAUACAGGUGAAGUUGUGCUGGAAAAGAAAGAUACCAGACAUGCGUAUGGUAAACAUUUUUGUCUUAUGUGGUAUACAAAGGCAGAAGUAUCCAAAACAGGCUAAGAUCUUUAAGGAAGUGCAGCAGGGUAGGCAGGUACAAAAGACGGUUGAAAUCUAAAUAAAAAGAGAAACAAGGUGAAUGGAACAAGAGAAAACAGGUUGGAACACAAGCAAACGGGUUACUCAACGUACGACAAAGAAGCCCCUUCCAGGUCUGAGGUAUGGGGCGCAGGUCAAAGUGUUCCAGAACCAGCAGGUUCCUCUGCUUCCUGGAGAAACCAUCCAGACGACAGUCAAGGAGAUAAUGUACAUUUGUCCAUUCAGUGGUCUGAUUACUGGAACUCUGACCAUCACAGACUACAAGCUGUACUUCACAGAAGUGGAAAAGGAGUCUCCUUUCAACCUCGACGUGAACCUGGGAGUCAUUAGCAGACUGGAAACCAUCAGUGUUCUCAACCAGGGAGAAGACACCAAGGGUCUGGAACUUGUCUGCAAGGACAUGAGGAGUCCCAGAUUUGCCUACAAGACACAGGAGAGCCAGCCGGAUGUGGUGGAGAUUCUGUCCAAACAUGCCUUCCCUCUCUCCCACAACCUGCCUCAGUUUGCCUUCCUCUACAAGGAGCAGUUUCCUGUGGACGGCUGGAAAGUGUACGACCCAGUGGCCGAGUACAAGCGUCAGGGUCUCCCUAACGAAAGCUGGACCAUCAGUAAGGUGAACAACACCUACCAGCUGUGCGACACGUAUCCUUCCAUCCUGGUCAUCCCCACCAGCAUAACGGAAGAGGACGUCAAACGGGUGGCCAUGUUCAGAGCCAAACACCGAAUACCGGUCUUGUCCUGGAUCCAUCCGGAGUCUCAGGCCACCAUCGUGCGCUGCAGCCAGCCGUUGGUCGGACCCUCGGACCGUCGCUGCAAAGAAGACGAACACUUCCUCCAAAUCAUCAUGGACGCCAACGCUCAGUCGCACAAGCUCAACAUAUUCGAUGCCCGGCAGAGCAGCGUGGCCAUCACCAACAAGGCGAAGGACGGAGGGUUUGAAAGUGAAAGCUUCUACCCCAACGUGGAGCUGAACUUCCUGGAAAUCCCAAAUAUCCAUGUGAUGAGGGAAUCGCUGAGGAAGAUGAAGGAUGUGGUUUACCCCACCAUAGACGAAGCCCACUGGCACUCUGCUAUCGACCAGACACACUGGCUGGAGUACAUAAGGCUGUUGUUAGCGGGAGCAGCGAAGAUCGUGGAUAAAGUGGAGUCUGGGAAGACUUCGGUGGUGGUUCACUGCAGUGACGGCUGGGACAGGACGGCUCAGCUCACCUCUCUGGCCAUGCUGAUGUUGGACAGCUACUACCGCACACUGAAAGGCUUCCAGGUUCUGGUGGAGAAGGAGUGGCUGAGCUUUGGACACAAGUUUGCUGCUCGCGUGGGUCACAGUGAUGAGGAUCAUGCUAACUCAGAGCGCUCGCCUCUCUUCGUGCAGUUCAUUGACUGUGUUUGGCAGAUGACUCGGCAGUUCCCAGCGGCCUUCGAGUUCAAUGAGUUGUUCCUGAUCACGGUGCUGGACCACCUCUACAGCUGCCUCUUUGGUACUUUCCUUUUUAACAGCGAACAGGAACGGGCGGCCGAGGAGGUCCAGUCCAAGACGUUGUCGCUGUGGUCCUACGUCAACAGCCAGCCGGAGGACUUCACCAACCCCUUCUAUGUGGACUAUGUGAACCAGGUCCUGUUUCCACUGGUGUCCUCCAGACACCUGGAGCUGUGGACCAGCUACUACGCCCGAUGGAACCCGUGUAUGAGACCACAGGUGCCGAUAAACCUGACUCUGAAGGAGCUACUGAUCCUGAGAGCGGAGCUCCAGAAGAGGGUGGAGGAGCUGCAGAGAGAGACCUCCUCCCUGGCCUCCUCCUCCGAACACUCUUCCUCCCCGAUACACUCCACAGGAACCCCGCUGCACACUGCCAUCUAACGCACAUCACAAGAACGUCCACGCGCACAUAAAAACACACAGACACAUGCUAGGGGGUUACACAACUUCAGAUUAGUCAGACUAGUCUUUGAUGACGUCUCUAAUAUGAACCCAGUACAAAGUAAUGAAAUCUAUAUUAUUGACGUGAACACAUAUGAGAACAGAUAUCAGUAGAAUUUAAUAAUGCUAGGGUUAGGGCAGGCCUUAGGGUUAGGCCCUAGGGUUAUGGACAAGACCUAGGGUUAGGGUUAGGACCUAGGGUUAUGGUCUGGAUCCAGGGUUAGGGUUAGGACCUAGGGUUAUGGUUAAGACCUAGGGUUAGGGUUAGGACCUAGGGUUAGGGUUAGGACCUAGGGUUAUGGUCUGGAUCCAGGGUUAUGGUUAAGACCUAGGUUAUGGCUAGGAGCUAGGGUUAGGGUUAGGACCUAGGGUUAUGGUUAAGACCAAGGUUAUGGCUAGGACUUAGGGUUAGGGCCCAGCAUUAUGGUUAGGCUUUAGGCCAUAGGACCUAGGGUUAGGGUGUGGAUCUAGGGUUAAAGUUGCUCUGCAACAACCUCACUUGUCUUUUAGGAGGCGUCCAUGUUGUUAUCGUCACGUAAUCAGAGACUAGUCAACUAGUUUGUAUGACCCCUAAAUCCCACACACACAGUUAACACAUCUUUUAACACAGUCUUUUCAGUAUUUGUUGUCGUUGCAGUCAUGACUGAACUAUGUUUACACAAUCUGAACUAUAUUAAAACAAUAAUAAUAAUAAUAAUAAUAAUAAUUAGAAUCUAUUUUUACGGAUAGGAAUGAACGUCUCAAUUUCCACAUGGAUCAGUCUCUCUUUGCUCUAACAUACAGUUAGAAAACAGCUUUGGCUCAUUGAGGUAUGGAAGGCAUGGAGAAUAUUGACUAUAUUCUGUCUGAAUUUGCGUGUUUUUACAGUGUUUAUGAUUCUUCUUUUGUUCUAAUGCAGUGAAACCUGUUGAUCACUGUGUCUUCCUGUGGAAGCUGGAGCAUGAAUUUGUCCUUAUGCAAACAUGUGUUUGUCUAAUUGUGUUUGUCUAACAAGUGCACUGCCCUGAUGACCAUAUUUUACUUUUGAAAUAAAGCAGAAAACAGAAAGAAA